AUGCUGUUUCUGCAACUCCCAUUGUUAGUUGGUCUCCUCCCAGGUGGGGAGUCCUUGCAGGGUCCUAUCUCCUACCAUAUUAUCCAGAUAUCAUCUUAUUACAACCACUCCUGGGCACAAACUCUGGCCUCUGGUUGGUUGAAUGAACUGCAGACUCAUAGCUGGGAGGGUAACUCUGGCACUGCCAUUUUCCUAUGGCCCUGGUCCAAGGGGAACUUCAGCAACAAAGAGCUGGUAGAACUGGAAAUGCUGUUUCGAAUGUACUUCAUUGGAUUGACUCGGGAAAUUCACAACUAUUACAACCAAUUGCAGUUUGAAUAUCCCUUUGAAAUACAGAUGACAGGAGGCUGUGUGCUGCACCCUGGGGAGGACCCCACAGGCUUUCUGCAGGGGGCUUUUCAAGGAUCAGAUUUCCUGAGCUUCCACAACAAGUCCUGGGUGCCAUCUCCAAGGAGUGGAAGGAAGGCUGAGAAUGUCUGCAGUCUCCUCAAUCAGUACCAAGGCAUCAAGGAAGUCGUGCAUGGACUCAUCAGUGGCACCUGCCCACGCUUCCUUUUGGGUCUCAUAGAGGCGGGGAGGGUGCAUAUCCAGAGAAAAGUGAAGCCCGAAGCCAGGCUGUCUGGUAACACCACUCCGGGCCAUGGCUGUGUCCUGCUGGUUUGCCAUGUCUUUGGCUUCUACCCAAAGCCGGUGUGGGUGAUGUGGAUGCGGGGGGAACAGGAGCAGCCAGGCUCUCGGCGAGGUGAUGUCCUGCCCAAUGCUGAUGGGACCUGGUAUCUCCGUGUGCUCUUGAAUGUGACCGUUACCGAGGCACCUGGCCUGUCUUGCCGGGUGAGGCACAGCAGUCUAGGUGACCAGGACAUCGUCCUCUACUGGGGUUCCUCUAAUGUGAUCUCUUUCAGAGUGGUUUGGUUGGUAGUAAUAGCUGGGUGCCAUCUAUUUCUUCUAGUCCUGGGGUUGUGGAGAUUGAAGCUCCAGGGAACUGGAGAGUCCCUCCUCUUGGGACUUCUCUGGUACUUGCUGAGGAGAUUUUCCUGUGCUUUUAAACUGUUGGCCACAUUCCCCUCCCAUCCUGAAGACUUUAGUUUAGGAUUAGGAAACAAAAAUAAAUCAGAAGAUGCCAAAUCAGAACAGUACAGUGGACGCCUACUCAUUUUUCUUCAAAACUCUCCCAAAAUUUCCAUUUUUGAUCAGGAACAUGACUGUGAUUUCCAGGGCCCGACCUACUUCUGCCUCAUCCAGAUAGCGUCCUUUGCCAACAGCACCUGGGCACAAAACCAAGGCUCAGGCUGGUUGGAUGAUGUGCAGAUUCAUGGCUGGGAUAGCGACUCAGAAAAUGCUACUUUCCUGAAGCCCGGCUCCAAAGGUAACUUUAGUGAUCAGAAGGGUUUAUCUCAGAUGGGUUUUGACACUGGGGUCACCCUCUUGAAGUUGAGAUGUGACGUGAAGGAGUUGGACAUUUUUCAGAAUCCGAUAGAAGUUAAGCCCUAG